AUGUCCCGUCAUGAAGGCGUGAGCUGCGACGCGUGUUUGAAAGGCAACUUCCGAGGCCGGCGCUACAAAUGUUUAAUCUGCUACGACUACGACCUGUGCGCGUCGUGCUACGAGAGCGGCGCCACCACCACCAGACACACUAGGGAGCACCCCAUGCAGUGUAUAUUGACUCGCGUCGACUUUGACUUGUAUUACGGCGGCGAAGCGUUCUCGGUGGAGCAGCCACAGGCCUUCACGUGUCCGUACUGUGGCAGAAUGGGCUACACCGAGAUGUCCCUGCAGGAGCACGUAGCGGCGGAACACACGGAGACCUCUACCGAAGUGAUCUGCCCCAUAUGUGCAGCGCUGCCCGGCGGAGACCCCAAUCAUGUGACGGAAGACUUUGCUGCUCACCUCACACUUGAACACAGGGCCCCCAGAGACUUGGACGAGUCCAGCGGCGUGCGGCACGUAAGGAGGAUGUUCCACCCCGGGCGCGGACUGGGGGGCCCCCGCGCCCGUAGGUCCAACAUGCACUUUACCAGCAACACCACCGGGGGGCUCUCCACCGGUCAGAACUCCUCUCAAAGCUCUAACUACAGCCGGGAAGCCAUGGACCCCAUCGCAGAGCUUUUAUCGCAGCUUUCGGGCGUGCGGCGUUCGGCGGGCGGCCAGCUGAGCUCGGGGCCGUCGGCGUCGCAGCUUCAGCAGCUCCAGAUGCAGCUGCAGCUGGAACGACAGCAGGCGCAGGCGGCGCGUCAGCAGCUGGAGACGGCGCGCAACGCCACGCGGGGCGGCCGCGCCAACGCCGUCCUCAACGCCAACUCGGCCGCCAACCACCCCAACUUGAGCGCCAACCACAACGGCAACCCCGGGAAUAACGCCGGCCCCGCGGAGAGCCACGUACAGCACAACGCGCAUAGCUCGCACUUUCUACUCAGCAGGUUGAGCGAAACGCGCGUGUCAGAGGCGGAGCGUCAGGCGUGCGAGGCGCAGCGCGCCGACAGGAGCUUGUUCGUGACGGAGCUCCUCCUCUCCACGCUGCUGGCGGACCACCAGCAGCGCCAAGAGGCGGACGACGACGUGGCCGCCGACCUUCAGCGUCGCCGCCGGCACCGCCGUCCCGGCUCGCGAGACCUGACCGACUUCCGGUCGGUGAUGACGCUGGACGUGGCGCUGGAGAACCUCAACCUCAAAGAGAGCGGCGGCGCCAGGAAAGAGCCCCCAGCCCCGUCCCUUUGA